CCCAGCAGAAAGGAAAGCGCAUUAAGGGGGAGGGGGGCUGCAAGCAGGCUCUCUCUGCACGCCUCCACCCCCCCACCCCCACUAAGGAAUUGCAACCCCCUUCUGCGCAGUUGCGCAACGGUCCAGGCCAUUUCGCACACUGAGUCAGGAUCUGUCAAACCAGGAACAAAAACCAUGGUUUAAGAGUUCAUUGCCCGCCAGCACUUAUAUAAUCUGCUCCAAGAUGAAGUGUUUGCUGACUUCUUCAACACUUUCUUGAAUCUUCCUGUGUUUGGUCAGACACCCCUUCUUAUGUUCAAGGCUCGUCAGUGGUAUCUUUGGCCAGAAUUACCAUGCAACCAUGUAUCAAAGCCCAAAGGAUUACUGACCUGGAUGGAGAAACAUCGGCUUCCUUACUUCUGCAAAACCAACCUGUGUCUUCACUACAUCCUCUGUGAACAACUCAUUGGUUUCAUCAGGUCCCCAGAGGCAGCGGACAUGCUGAGGUGGGAAAAGGCAGAUCAGUGGCUCCUGGAGAAGUGCAUCAGUGGUAGCAGAGGGAUGUGGCGUUUCCGUUCUUUCAUGCAAGGAAUGGCAGGGGAAGAACUGACCAAGUUCUGGCUAGCAGCGGAAAGAAUACUUGGUAUUGAUGAAAUGGAUGAAUCUCAGCAAGACCUCUACAUGUCACUGUUCCAGGUGUUGAUGGCCACUCACUUGCAGGAGGGUUCCAUUGUCGUCACUCUCUGUAACACAACCAUUGAAACCCUUUUGCCGACGUCUCCCUGUCACUCCAAGAUCGUCCAGACUCGAAGGGAAAUCCUGAGCGAGAUGCAGAAGGUGGCCCUGUUCAAGAUCGAAAGUUACUGGCUCCCAAAUUUCUACAUUCACUGCAAGCUGAGCAUGGAGCAAGAGCCAAAAUGCUCCCACCUGCUCAAGGAGUUCCGGGACAAGCAAAGAAGGCCCACACUUGCAAAGCUAUUACUGAUUCCUCAGCCGGCGAUGAGCAUCCGAGAAAGCAGUAUCGCCUCCCUGUCCUACUCCAGUUUGAAAAUCAAGAAGGACAUUUGGGAUCAUGUCAUGGGCAAAAGGCCUUUUAAACGUAAUAAAGGGAGCCGUGGGCACCGCAGGAAGUCCCCGUUGUCUAAAAGCAGCUCAAGAGACAAGAAGCACCCUUUUGAAAAGCAGUCACCCGGUACAAGCACAUCGCAAACGGAUAACGUCAACAGUCAAAACAAAGAGGGCGGUUCCAAUGAAUCUCCAAGCUCCAAAAACAGCCCGGCGGGGCCACACUCCUCUCCCGGGUUUGACGAAGUCAGCGAGAAGGCCACCGUCAAGAAACUCCGGGUGUCGACACCCGUGGUCCAGUUCCCUUCCAUGCUGGCUUUAAAAACCAUCGUGACGUCUCCCUUGCUCCUUGACUUCCUUCCUUGGGUGCUGAAUGCUGAUAAAUGCGCAGGGUGCCCUUUCCGGCAGUUCCUGCAUAGUCGGAAUUAUGCCGUCGAGGUGUAUCUCCUGGACCUCUGGCACGACCUGGAAGAUUUCCUGCGCAUGAUGAUGUGCUCCCUUGGGGAAGGCAACAUCCUCCUGCGUCACGUGAUGGGCGAGAGGAUCUGUGAGCUGUACCUGACCCAGAACAGCAACUGGCAACUUCCUUUGAAAUUAACGACUCUCCGGGGGUUGCAGAGGCUUCUGCCUUCGGGGAAUGUCAUACCCUGGGUGCUGAAGGCACAGAAGGAAAUCUGUAAGAUUCUGUACUUCCUCUAUGAAGAAUUCCUUGAGCAUGAUGACAAGAUGUUCUUGUUCUAUGUGCGUGGCAAGGAGAAGAGAAUGACCAAGGAAGAACCAGGUGGAAAAGGGGAGCAACUUCGGCUCAUCCGGAGGAUCAUCGAAUCCACGCACCUGAGCCAAGCAUUAGCUGGGAUGAGAGACUUCGACCUGCUGUCUGGAGAACACUGGAAGUUACUUGGCUGUCAAGACCUGGCAACGGGGGGCUCUAUUUUUAUGGAGUUGGAUCCUGUUGUUUACAGGAUAGAUUAUGUUGGCAUGAAAAUUGAUGAGCUGGCCAGAGUCAAUCCUAAAAUGGCUGUGGAAAUGCUGAGUAAGAACUUCAGGAAUUUCUGUGAUAAGUAUCCAUUAGCUGCUGGUGUGUUCACUCGGCCCACAAUCCCAAAAAGAAGCUUUCAGUGGACCAGGUCGAGUUUCUCCUUUAUGAGAAAGGGACCUCUCGUUAGAAAACCCCCAACAAAGCCCAAAGAGUUGACCGACAUUUAUCAGAACCCCGUACAUCUGGAUUACUUCAGACAUUUCCUCAAGCAGCACAAUGCCGAAACCCCACUGCUUUUCUGGAUGGGGGUGGAAGAUAUCCUUAAAGAAACCAAUCCCAAGAUUCAGCGUAUUAUGAUCAAUGAAGUCGUCAAGAAUUUCUUCUACCACAUUACUCCUCCAGAAAAGCUACUACAAUGCAAUGAAAAUAUCAUCCGAGAGGUACAGAAGUCCUCUUGUGUUACUCUCGACAUGCUGGUCUCAGCGCAGCACUGUGUCAUGAAGUGCCUUGGAGAACGAUGGUUUAAAUUGUACCAAGGUCUGUAUCCUGAGUCUGAGAGUAAAUUUACUCCGCACGUCACAAGAGGAAGACGAAGCUCAUUCAUGAAAGACAAACUCAGAAGGGCCUGGAACAUAUUUGGCUCACUUGUCAAGAGUAUAUGCAGGUUCCGGAAGGCAAUGAGUUAUCGAGCACAUCGAAAAGCCUUCGAAAAAUUUCUGCAUCGGGAACUCAAAAACACCAAGGAAAAUUUGUCUCCCCAGCCUACGUCUCAUCAGCCACGACAAAGCAUUGCAGGAAUGAGUGGCCGACUCACUGGAUCUUCUGCCAGCCCCACCACAGAAGAUGCUGAACUUCCACCAGUGAAACGCCGAAUAUUUCCUGGGCGCAUCAUCUUUGUUAAUUUCCUGGUCAAUGAUCUUUACUUUUACCUGGAGAUGGAGAGGUUUUUUCACAUGGCUGAUUCAGUCGUCAUGAUGGCUUCCAUUGGGUUGUUCACAGAGAAAGAUAUUGGCUUUCUGAGAUCUAAAGUGAAUACCAUCAACAAACUCUUCCUGAAUUCAGAUAUCCCACCUAAACUGAGGGUCAACCUUACCGAUGCACAGGCCAAUCAACUCCGCAAUUCCAUCUCGGAUGGUGUACUGAACAGGACGCUGUUCCAUAGUGCCAUGCUUGUUAUACUCCCAGUUUUAUUGCACUUCUGGAAGAAGUAUUGCCUUUGGAAGGUAAUGAGGGGGUUCAAAAGACCCAAGACUGAGGAAUCAGUGGUGGUUCCUUCACCAACUGCCCCUAAGGCCCCUCAAAGGAAGUUCAGUCAUUACAGUGGAGAGGACCAUCCAAUCAUCAGGUAUACUUUACUCAGAGGGAUCCAGCUGCUGUUACCGCAGCCGAAGUAUGAGAUUGAAAUCCCUGGAGAGAAGUCUUCAUCUGCAAGCCUCCCUGCGUCAAAACCGUCCGUUUCAGCCAUGUCAGUCUCCCAGUCCAAAAGGGGAUCGGUUCUGGAGAUGUUAAGAUGAUUGUGGUAGCCAGCCCCACUGUUUCUUGUCUGGAUUAUUCCAAACCUUUCUCACCAUGUGACAGGUCUUGGAGAACGUUCUUCUUUCUCAAGAGACUUUUACGUGGCUGCAUUUCCCGCAAGAAGUGCUUCUGUUCUUUCAUUUCUUUAAAGAUCCAGAGUUAGGCGACCGGCAUGUUUUGGGGACUGUCUGCUAAGGAAGGCUCAGCUUUAAGGCAGAAACAUCCCCUGUCCUGACCUGUACAGUUCCAAACAAACCAGCCCCUCCCCUAGUUAAUAAAAUAUUUGUUCUUCCA